ACUGACAUGGAAGUAAGUGAUGAUAGUGAAAAAAAUAAUAACAUUAUAUGAUAAUAUUAAUAAACACAACAGAAUUGUAUAUUUUACUUUGGUUAUAUAAAGUGUGAAACAUGUCGAUCAGAUUUCUAAAUGAUUGUUUUCCAAGGAAAGAGCCAGUGGAUGGGUUUGAAGAUGUUCAUAUUGAAAGCUGUGACAGAACUGUUCAGUUAGAAGAGGAUGACCUCCCUUACAGAAAAGGCAGCAAUGCAACAGUUCGUUCAGAAGGCACAGGCACAGAAUAUUAUGCCAAGCGUGGAAUGUUACCUUCCUAUGACAGUCAGGAAACAGUUCGAGCCUCACGCCCCAUCAGCACAGCUAGUAACAGUAGCAUGAGAGUUAGAAGAUUGUCCAGUUUAACGGAUGACAACACAAGAUUUCCAAAGUUACAAGAUUGUGCACAUUUUCACUACGAUACUGUUGAUAUAAGCUCACUACAGGUUUGUUUGUGUGAUGAAGACAAUGAACAGUAUCAUCAUAAUGGCGAGUCAACAAAAUACUUCUAUAUGAAAAUAACAUCCAACAAUAAAACAUGGCUGGUAAGACGAACUCUCCAGAACUUCCGUAUGCUAGAUCAGAAGUUACACAGAUGUAUAUUUGACCGCAAGUUUAGUCAUCUACCAAAUAUCGCACUCAUUGAACCAGAUGUUAAUACAGAACAGGAGAUAUAUGGUAUACUGGGAGAUUAUUUGAAACGGUUUUCAUCUCUGGCUGGUAGUAUGUUGAAUUGUGGAUCUGUCCUUAAUUGGCUUGAGAUUGACAACAGAGGAAAUCGUAUAUUGGCUGUAGACGAUUCCGGAAUUAAUACUCCUGCUAUAGCAGCAGCCCAUGCAGUAAAACGGUACACGGCACAAGCUGCGGAUGAAAUAUCUCUCGAGGUGGGUGAUAUAAUAUCUGUGAUAGAUAUGCCACCAACUGAGGAUACAAUAUGGUGGCGUGGAAAACGAGGAUUUGAGGUUGGUUUCUUUCCAUAUGAAUGUGUUGAAGUGAUAGACAACAAGGUUCCCCAUGCUGUAGUUAGUGGUAUACCAGAAACACCACAGAAUAGGGCAUUAUUGAAGAAGCAUGGGAAGUUUAUAUCAUUUCUCCGAUUGUUCUUUAACACUCGUCCAGCACGUAUACAACUGAAGCAGUCUGGUAUUGUGCGGGAGCGAGUAUUUGGGUGUGAUCUGGGAGAACAUUUACUCAACUCCGGUCAUGAUGUACCAUUGGUGUUGAAGAGCUGUGCUGAUGUUAUAGAGAGUCAGGGUCUAGUAGACGGUAUAUACCGGUUGUCUGGUAUCACCUCAAACAUACAGAAACUCAGACUUGCAUUUGAUGAAGAUCGUGUACCAGACCUGACAUCAGAAGAAUAUUUACAAGAUGUUCACAGUAUUUCCUCUCUACUCAAGAUGUACUUCAGAGAAUUACCUAACCCUUUACUUACAUAUCAAUUGUAUGAUAAAUUUGCUAAUGCAGUAAAAGAUGAGGAGAACAAAUUGUUACGUAUCCACGAUGUUGUACAACAGUUACCUCCCCCACAUUAUCGUACCACCGAAUAUUUGAUGCGGCACUUGGCUCGCGUUGCAGCACAUGGGCAUGAGACUGGCAUGCAUUCAAAAAAUCUUGCUAUCGUCUGGGCACCAAAUUUAUUAAGAUCGAAGGAGUUAGAGACGGGGGGAGGGGCGGCUGCACUACAGGGUGUGGGUAUACAGGCAGUGGUGACAGAGUUCCUCAUUCUUUAUGCUGAGAUCAUCUUCAGUGAUAAAAUGCCCUCAUAUUCCUCACCAGAACUUAAAAAAACUCAUAAAAAGCCGAGACCUAAAUCUUUAGCUAUCUCGACGCCAACAAGACUGCUAUCUUUAGAGGAAGCUAGAGAGAGGGCACUGUUAGGUAGUUUUGUGAAACCUGACCAACGGUACAUAGAUGUUGGUGGUGGACCAUCCAAUCUUCCAUCUAAAUAUCACACUGUUUUAGAUCUACCUGGAUACAAGAAAAAGGGUGCAAAGGAGGUAAAGGGAAAGAAAUCUCCUGGAGGAAUCAAAUCUCUGUUUACAAAGUCAAGAUCUGGUAGUAUACGACAGAAGGGACGUAAACCAAGUCUACAGGACACCCUUACGUUUGAUGCUGGUGAGAGGAAGGCGAUCACAGAGGAGGAUGUACAACACUGGAAACGUAGGCGUAUACGCAGCGCCAAAAGUGCCGAGUCAUUGCUCUCGCUCCCAAUCACAAGUCGUCUUGGCAGCCCUCUCUCGGAAAGUCUAGAUCCCAACAGGCUCAUGCAUAUACUUGCUGAUAAGGAGAAUGCUAGCCCGAAUAAGUACAGAUCAAUGUCAGUAGAGUCACCACGACCUUUGACCAGCUCACAUGAAUACUCUAUAUCAUACCCUAGUUUUGUACUCGAGGACGAGGGUAAUAGAGAAAUGGCCAUUGAUGUGAACCCUAACGAUAUAGAAAUUCAUUUACAUGAGGCUGGUAAAGGUGAUAAAGAAUCUUCUGACAGUCCUGAUGGUGUUCAGAGAAAACAAUCCUUUAUACGAAAUGAUCAGAAACGUAAAGUCAUUUGUCACCGAAGAACACCAUCUGCUCCUACUACUCCACGACACGAGGGUCGGGAACAUGGGAGCAGUUGUAGGGAUGUUGAUGAAGUUCUUCAGCAGUAUCCAGAUAAAUCAUUAUCUCAACCUACGUUAGAAGUGACCUUGACAUCAAAACCCCCAAAAGGGUCUUCGGGAAAAAUACUGAGACAGGACUCAGAAAAUGAAAGAUUUUUGGUUAAUAGUUUGUCAUCGGAAAGUGCUAAUGAAAUGAGUAGAAGUGGUGAGGAUAAUGGGCCUGAGAAAAGGAAAGGGUCGAAAACGCCACCAAAAGAUAGAAAGAAAUUAAAAGAUGGGAAGGAAAAAAGUCCUUCAAUUGAAAGGAGUAGUGGUAGUUUUAAAGGAAGGAGUAGAUGUGGAAGUGAGAAGGAAAAUAUUCCUUGUGAUUCACAUGAAAAACGGACUGAUUUAAUAGAACAACUUCCUGAAAGUCCAGGAAGCAGACGGAAACGUUGGAGUAAAUCAAAAAGUGAAGAGCCAACAAAUCCGCCCUCAAAUACACAAGUUUCUCUGCUGUUUAAAUCACCGUAUUUUUUCUCGCGCUAUCAUGAUUAUGCAGAAAUCAAUGAUGAUGAUUUGGAUGAUCCUGAAUCACAUGUUAGUAAAAGUGCAGCGGAUAACAGGAAAAGUGCACCUGUAACUUCUGAAUGUGCUGUGCAAAAUAGUGUACAAAAGAGGUAUCCAGUUGAAAGUAUUGACAAUGUGCAUGAUAAAGAAUCUCUUAGUGAUAGAGAAAGUAAAAAUGUGCUUGAAACAGAUUUUCCUGCCAAAAAUUCUUCCAAAAAUAAUGUUGGAUUACAUGCAAAAACAAGUGCUUCUAAAGACCAAUUGAAACAAAGUCAGUCAAGUGAUUUUGCAAGUGAAAUUUCAAAACUUGAGCACAAUUUACAAAACAUUCAGCAAAGUUAUUCCAGUUCAAAACCAAUGUCGAAAUGCAUAAGUAUUCCGUCGGACAUUCAGAAAUCCUUGGAAAAUAUUCAUAGUGUAAGUGGCAGCCAUUCAGAUAUAAUGUCCUCAAUGACAAUCAGUGAAUUAUCAAUGUCACAAGACAAUAUUUAUCCUAAUAGUGAGGGCAAUGGGUUGGAUAGGCGAAGACGUAGUACUUCUCUUGAUGGUCUCCAUGAUGAAUCUCCACUUAGUCGAACUUUAAGGGAAAUAAAUGCACAAAUUGAUCAAGCAUUUAAGCAAGAAAAACAUAAGACACAGUCUCUACAUGAUAUUCAGUCAUCUCAAACACUCUCUGAAAGAUCUAAUGAAGAAUUAUCUUCAGAACUUGUCUCCUUUGAGGACGAAAUGUUGGUGACUCCAACAGGUCAUAGGUCAUUUGGAAGUAUGAGAGACAUGGAUGAUGAUCAAGUUAAUCAGAAUAAGUUUGUUGACCGUCCUGCUGCUGAGAUUCAUAUUGCAGAUGCCCCACAAGUCAUUAAGGCUCCAGUGAGAUCAACAUGUCCUGGAGAACCUACAACAACAACCCCGACUAGACCAUCACCUCCAGCUUCCUUAGAUAUUGUUUCUCCUUCAACUUCCUCUCAACCAAUGGUUGGUCUUUUAGAGUCAGAUUCUGCUAAUAAUAAAAAAAAUACAAAAGCAGAUGACCACAGCCCAUACUGGAAUGUGCCAACAAAGAUGGGAAGCACAAUAAGUGAAGAAGAUUUUCAGAAAAUUCUGAUGUCUGACCCUGAUUCUCUUAAGCAAUUUGAGCAGAGUAUGAUGUACAGUCCAGUGAGAGCUAGAAGCAAGGGCUUCCCUGAUGGAGACAGGUCAGGAAGAUCUAGUGUAGCAAGCCCACUUGAAGGUUCAGUACCAAGAUCACGGUCUAGUAGAUCAAGUUUGACUAGCCCAGAUGCUAGCCCAGGCUCAAAUCGUGGUGUCGGACUUAAUAGGAGUUUUGGUAGUCCUGAAACGAGCCCACUUGCAUCACGUCCACCGCGUAACCAGAGUCAAAGCAGCUUGGAAGCCAGUCCUCAGUCAAGACAGAAACACAGUCAGUCUUUGAGCAGCUUGGAGAGUAGUCCACAGUCAAAACAAAGAGGAAAAAUGAAAGGCAGUGCAGAUGUUAGCCCUACCUCAAGACAGAAAUUACCCAAAUCUUAUGGUAAUACUGAUGGGAGCCCUCAUUUACGGCAGAAGCAGAGCCAGUCUUUAAGUAGUAUUGAAGCAAGUCCACCAUCCCGCCAAAAACAAAACCAGUCUUUCAGUAGUUCAGAUGGCAGUCCACAUUCAAGACAGAAGCAAACCCAGUCACUAAGCAAUGUGGAUGCCAGUCCACCAUCCCGACAAAGGCUUAACCAGUCUUUUAGCAGUUCUGAGGGAAGUCCACAGUCAAGACAGAAAUUAAGUCAAUCUACAAGUAGUUCUGAUGCAAGUCCUAGACAGAGACACAACCAGUCAUUCAGUAGUGUUGAAAGCAGUCCUAGAUCACAACAAAAACACAACCAGUCUUUCAGUAGUUCUGAGGCAAGUCCUCAAACUGGGGCAAGACAAAAAAGUUUUCAAUAUGGAGGUUCUAGUCCACAAAGAGAUAAUAAAAAAUACAACCAGAGUCCAAGAUCGGGAAAGAAAACCUCAGAAAGUCCUCAACAUGAUAGGCGUUCUUUAAUACCUCAAUUGAAAUUUGAACAGCGUAAAAGUGGUAGUCUGGUCUCAAGUCCUUUAUCUCCUGAGCAUAAGCAGCCUCGCUGGGAAGACCUUGCAGGUCUUAAUGACAGUUUUAAUGAAAUAGACAUGGCUGUUUUUAAUGAUAAUUGGAAAAAAUGUCUAGCUCCAACUGGUGAUUCAAUACGUCUCUCUGGAAAUGCUUCUGACUCCACAGAACAGUUGUCUUCCCAUACAGAACCUGAAGUAAGUACAGGCACUGAUACUGUUGUGAUAGAGAGGCCUUCCAUAACUCGUAAAGGAACCUCUAAUCUAACGCAAGCAAAUGUUGAAAAAGCAUCUGCAAAGUCUAAGAAAAAGGAAAUAGAGACUUAUGAUAAUGUACCAGAACAUGAACCUCUGGUGUUUCAGCAUAAAUCUUCAAGAAACGAAGAUCGCAAAAUAACAACAGAACGACCAACUAUUCUUAGAAGUCAGACUAUGCCUGCUGCAUCAUCCUUGCCUCAAUCACCGGUAUCUGCUGUGACCUCACCUGGAGGCUUCCUGGAACAUUCCAGUAGUUUUGAAUCCAGUUCUUCCAUAUCAAGUCUGUACCAUGGGUCUUCUUAUGAAUCAGCAACAGGUAUUGGUGCCUCAGCUGGUGUUACAACAGAUAGAUCUGGAGCAUUAAGAAAGUCUAACACGACCCCUGUUCUCACUAGACAGACAUCAUUUGAUUCCUCUUACAAGACAUCUGUUCGGGUUACUAGUCUUGGUUCAUCAUUUGAGGAAUCUGAUGCAGAGUGCAGGUCAAGUAGAGCAAAUUUUAUACCCCAAGGUCAAGGAUCACAUGUAAUUAGAUCUUCAAAUGAUAGGAGCCUAUCAGAUUUGAGAAAUUACAGUGGAAGGUCUUCCCAUCAAAGCAGCCAAUCAUCUGUGCUAAUGAGGUCAGAAAGCAGCCAAUCAGCUGAUUUUCCAUUUCACGAAAUAAGCCAAUCAAAUGGUGAGCUUAAUAGUAGCCAAUCUAGUAUAGGAACACUGCUACCACAAAUGUUGGAAGAGAUGGAUGUUAAUGAGAGUUGUUUAGGACUAGCAUCACAUCAGAACAUGUCCAAUGAAAUGAAAGAAAUGAUGCAAGAACAAAUGAAAGAACAUGCAGGGGUUUUGUCUCCAUUAGAUGAAGUAAUGGCACCAUUUCCAAAUAUCACGUCUCCUCACAUGCAACAAAGGUCUUUCUUUGACACUAAUCCUUUAUCUGGUUUUGAUAUGGAGUCAUCUAUUGAAGUUCCUUCAGAUGUUGGCUUAGUGAACUUACCAGAGAUACAUUUGCAGAUAAUUUCUGAUGGUCCUGUUGUAAUAGCUACUCCAAUGGUACUCUCCCAACUUACACCAGACCCACCACAAGUCCAUCAACCAAUUGAUAACACUGAGGAAGAAUUCCAAAAUGCUGUUAAUGAUGAUUUGGAACGUAACAUGGCUAACUUACAUAAUUACCAGCCACAACAUGUGAGCGUAUGUGAACCAGCUAUAAGAAUACAUGAGCCAGGUCCAAGAAUGCCAAAUGAAAGCUUUGUUAAUGUGGCUGGUUCCCGUAUUCCAGAACAUUCUCCUGGUUUGGAACACUUGGUAGCAAUAGCAGCUGACUCUGUACAAGUUAUGGAUACUCCUCCACCAGUCAUGCAGGAUUCCAUGUCCUCAUCAACAUCCUCUCAGGUAGAUUUGAUGAGUACUAGUUUCACUUAUCCUCAGAAUUUUGAUUCCUGGCACUAUUACAGUCCAAUGGUGAACAGUUUAAGUUUACCAGGAGAUCUGGCCCCACCGCCUUUGGAGAUGAUUGAAACAUGUAAGUCUACACUUGUUUUCUCUAAACCCAAAUCAACACAUACUAAAACACCAAAGACAAAGCAACCAAAAUCUAAUGAAAUUCUAAUCACAUGGGAGUAUCCAAAAAUCCUUGAUGAAAAGGGAAACAGUGAAGCUAAGAAAAGAAGUCAGUCAGCAAAAUCAUCAUCAGUUUCUCAAAAUAAUAUGAGUUCAGAGAGAGGUGAGGAAAAACUAGUUCUUGAUAAUAAACCAAGCUAUAAAAAGUCAAGUGCUAUAAAUAGACAAUCCAAACCAGCUAAUACAAAGCUUAUAGAUUUAGUGGACUCAGACCAUGGGGAGAAUUCUGCCUCAGAGGAUGAUGUCUUUGUUGAUCCAAGUGAAGUUACACCAGAAACUAGUUUCUAUGCAGCAGGGUCAAAGUACUUUCAGAGGAGGGAUUUUCUCAGUUAUGGACACACUCCAGCUGAUCAAGAGAAAAACAUUGGAGCAGCAAGAGAAAACAGGGUUUUCAGCUUCGAAAUACCAACAAGAAGUUCAUUUGAUGAAACUCUGAUUACUGCAGUUCAUCAAAGGAAUGCAGAGAACUCUGAAAAUGAUAUGGCAGAUUUUCACAGUGAUUUAAUGGAUAUUGGACAUGAGAAUUCAGAAGAUAUAAGAUUCUGUAAAGCUCAUAGGUCAAGUAAAUUAUUAACUUUAUGUGAAAAGUUUGAAAAAGAAACUGGGCCUACUUCUCCUUCAGAAGUUGAUGAAAGUGGUAAAAAGAAAACGAUAACUCCACCUGAGAAGAAUAUAGUUUCUUCAAUAAGACAAAUGCAUGAAUCACUUGAACAUGAUGGAAAAGAAAUUAAAACUGAUAAUUUCGGGAAGACACAAAAGGGACAAAAGGCUGAGGACAAUAACUUUAAAUCAGAUACUGUUUGCGUAAGUCCAACAGGAAAUGCCCCUGCUGGUCAGGGUAAACAUGUUACAGAUAAUGCUGAUCCAAAUCAGAAGAGUUCAAACAUACCCUCUCCUUCAAGAUCUAUACCCACCUUACAAGGAAAACCACCUUUAUGUAGAACCAGCUCCAAGACCAGAACACCAAGUGAAUCUUCAUUGAAUGAAGUAGACAAUGCUAAAAUACCAGUAAAAUCUAAUAAGUCUGAAGGUUCGCCAAAAUCACGUUAUGAAGGGUCACCAAAAGGUCAAAGAGGCUCACUUAUAUUAUCUGAAGAUGCUACAUCAAACCUUUUACCACACAGUAGUUCACCAAAAGGACACAGAUAUUCUACUGAAAUUUCUCCCAAACUUGCACGAGGUAAAGAAGGACCUCCUGUGUUGCCACGUCAUGGAGGUUCUCCUACUGCAUCAAGAAGUGAUACCGCUUCGAAAAUCCCUGUAUUUAGACAGAGCAGUUUUACAAAAGACGAUUCAAAACCAGAUCAGUCUCAAAGAAAAGUCAAUAGUUCUCCGAAAAUUUUUAAAACUAGUUGGGGCUCAAAAGGAUAUGAAAGGCUUAAACAACAAAAAGGGGGUCAAAGAAAGUGA